GUCCUUCCUAGGAAAUGAUCUGUAACAACGUGGGAGACCUGCUGAGCUCUUCUUUCUCGCCAUCUUUAAAGUAUCUCUGCUGAGGAUGAUGAGCAGUUUUCGCAUGGAGGAGGGGUGGGUUUGUCCUGUGGCCCCCCCCAAUCCAAUCCAAUCCAAUCCAGUGGAGGAUUCAAUUGCAGGAGCAGCGGCAGGGGAGGGACACAUGUACUGCCAAGCCAACGGGAUACCCACACACACACACACACACACACGCGCGCGCGCGCGCACUCACGCACACACACGCACUCGUGCACGCUAGCGAGCAGUUGAAGCUGCAAGAGAAAAAGCGCAGCAGAAGCUUGAAGGCGACCGGAGUGCGAGGACUACCGAGCGGACACUUGGGACGCUACUUUUUCUUCACUUUAAGAGCAGAAGAAGAAGAAGAUUGAUCACAGAACAACGACUCUCUCUUUCCAAGGAUGAGGCAGUAUCAAGGUUGGAGGACGGGCUUCCUGCUGCUGCUGUUGGUGUUUCUUCAGGGGGCUGUGCCGCAAAAGCUUCCCACGCGAGAUGAAGGACUUUUCCAGAUGCAGAUCCGAGACAAGUCGCUGUUCCACGACUCCUCCGUCAUCCCCGAUGGAGCCGAGAUCAGCGGCUACCUCUUCAGGGAUACGCCCAAAAGGUACUACUUUGUGGUGGAAGAAGACAACACGCCUCUGUCGGUGACGGUGACGCCGUGUGACGCUCCUCUGGAGUGGAAGCUGACGCUGCAGGAGCUUCCUGAAGAAGCCAGUGGAGAAGCUUCAGGCGAGCCCGAGCCGUUGGACCAACAGAAGCAGCAGGUGACGGUGGACGAGGGGACGGAGCUCUUCAGCUACAAGGGCAACGACGUGGAGUCCUACGUGGCCACCAGCACGCCGUCCGGCCUCUACCAACUGGAGCUGCUGUCCACAGAGAAGGACAGCAACUUCAAAGCGUACGCCAGCACCACGCCGGAGUCGGACCAGCCCUACCCGGAGCUGCCCUACGACCCUCGCGUGGAUGUCACCGCUCUGGGCCGCACCACCGUCACCCUGGCCUGGAAGCCCACGCCCACCGGCUUCCUGAUGGGCCAGCCCGUCCAGUACUGCGUGGUGAUCAACAAGGAGCACAACUUCAAGAGCAUGUGCGCCGCCGAGGCCAAGCUGAGCGCCGACGACGCCUUCAUGCUGGCGCCGAAGCCCGGCAGAGACUUUAGCCCGUUUGACUUCGCCCGCUUUGGCUUUGUGCCGCCCGACGGCACGGGCAAGGACCGAGGCCUCGCCAGCAACAAGAUCUCACGGGCGUACGCCGUCAAGCCCAAAGCGUCGGACAUCCAGAAGGUGUGCAUCGGCAACAAGAACAUUUUCACCGUGUCCGAGCUGAAACCUGACACACAGUACUACUUUGACGUCUUUGCCGUCAAUUCCGCCACCAACACCAGCACCGCCUACGUGGGCACCUUCGCCCGCACCAAAGAAGAAGCCCGCCAGAAGACGGCGGAGCUGAAGGAUGGCAAAGUAUCCGAUGUCUUCAUCAAAAGGAAAGGUAGCAAGUUCCUGCGCUUCGCUCCCGUGUCCUCGCACCAGAGGGUGACGCUCUUUGUGCACGCCUGCCUGGACGGCGUGCAGGUGCAGGUGAGACGAGACGGCAAGCUGCUGCUCUCCCAGAACGUGGAAGGCGUGCGGCAGUUCCAGCUGCGAGGAAAGCCCAAGGCCAAGUACCUGAUCCGUUUGCGCGGCAGCCGCAAGGGCGCCUCCACCCUGAAGGUCCUGGCCACCACACGGCCCGGCAGCAAGCAGCCCUUCCCGUCCCUGCCGGAGGACACGCGCAUCAAGGCCUUCGACAAGCUGCGCACCUGCUCCUCCGUCACCGUGGCCUGGCUGGGCACGCAGGACCGCAACAAGUACUGCGUCUACCGCAGGGAGGUGGCCGACAACUACGGCGAGGAGCAGCGGCGGCGGGAGCAGAACCGCUGCGCCGGGCCCGAGACCCGUCGCAAGACGGAGAAGGUGGUGUGCAAGUACUUCCACAGCCCCAACCUGCAGAAAGCUGUGACCACAGAGACGGUGGCGGGGCUGGAGCCCGGCAAGACCUACCUGCUGGACGUUUACGUGGUGGCGCACAGCGGCCACUCGGUCAAAUACCAGAGCAAACUGGUGAAAACCAGGAAGUACUGCUAAGUGACUGCGCACAGAGGAAAUCUAUUGGAAAAAGAUAUCUAUAAGAAAUAAGUUUAUUUAACUCUGGAAGAAGUCAGGAGACGACUCACGGGACUGUCGCUAGAGAUGUCCGCCUGUAUAUUUAUGUUUACACUUCCUGGCGUCUUCAUCUGCUGCGUUGCUGCAUGACGUCGCAACCAGGAGACCGAGCGUCGCUAGCGUGUAUAGAUCUGUCGCUGCGUAUUCCACACCUGUCCUUUAAAUUAUUUUAUACCGCUUCUCUCUUGAUCCAGUGUUAUCGUGACAUUCCCUUGUGUAACUGAAUUAUUAUCACUGUAUCAAUGUGUGUCUGUGUGUGUGCCUGCGUGUGUGUGCGCGUGUGUGUCGCAUGUACAGUUGUCCUGCCAGUAUUCAUGUACAUAAACACUAAAUAUAGAAGAAGUAAUCCCUCUGUCACCUCGGGUGUCGUGUUCUUUACGCCAAGCACAAUGAAAGUUGACAUAUUAAAAGCUGCUUUUUAAUGAUGUUGGAACAGUAAUACUUUAUGAGCACCAAAGGCAGGGGUGAAUUCACGUUUGCCACGAUAAUAGUAGGCUUGAAUCUCCACUUCCUUGCUAGCCGCUUGACGCCCUGCCGCCUCCAUAAGGCUUCUUUCCUCAGCGGGUAAACAGGGAAUCACACCGAUGUGGGACCUCACCCUCAUGACACGUCAAAAGUCCAUAGGAUAGAAUAUAUUACUUAAAAGAUGAUAAUAGUAGGAGAACAAACAAGUGUCUAUGUUACAUAUAUCGGUAUCGGUUGAUAUCGGAAGCGGAAAUUAAGAGUUGGAUAUCGGAUAUCGGACCAGUAUCGGACAUCCCUAGUUAUAAUGUUAGAAGACGUUCCAAAUAUUACGGGAAUAAUGUCGGAAUUACAAGAAGAAAAUGUGAAAGUUGGGAUUUGAGUUGAAGUAGCUGGGAAGAGAAACUAGUCAUUUUAUGACAAUAAAGUCAAAAUAUUAGAAGUCGUAUUCUGACGAGGAAAAAACGCUACAAUUUUACAACAAUAAACUUGUAAUAUGGAAAAAAAUGUCAUUUUGGCAGCGAGUGAAAAAACACGUUAUUGUUUGAACGUCGUAAUAUUAUGAGAAACACAAAAUAAAGUUGGAGUUUUUGGAACAUUAGGUUCCGGGAAAAAGUUCAAAUGAUACAAAAAUAAAGUCAAAGUUAAAAUAUUUAGACAAUAAAAAAAAAACAACUGAAAAAUGGAAAAAAAACAGCUGAAAUUUUACGAAAAUAAAAAUGGAUAGAUAGAAAUCUCCAAGAGAAAUUCACGUUUCGAGCAGCUCCCAAAAAAUGUCAAGAUAAACUUAAUCACGUAAUCACAAAACAAAACAAUCAAGGAAAGAAAAUUAAGAAAAUAGAAUAAGAAUAAAUACAUAAAUAAAAAACAAUACGGAACGGUUCACUCCCAAUUUGUAGUGCAAUAAUACCUCAUAAUAAAACAUAUUUAGAAAUAAAUCUAAUAAACUCUAAAUAUUCAGAAAAGUAGUUGUAUUCUCACAAUAAAAAAGUCCUAAUUUUACAAGAAUAAACUCGUAAUAUGAGGAACAAUAACGUCAACGUUGGACAACUUUUUUUUUUUUUAGAAAUCGUAAUAUUAUGAAAAGCAAAGAAUAAAGUUGUCAUUUUUGGAAAAUGCGAAAAAAGUUAUGUUAAAGAAAUAAAAUAAAAAUAUGGGAAUAAAGCCAAAAUUUCAAGAAGAAAACUGAAAAAAAUUUAAAUUUUUGAGAAUAAACUUGUAAUACUAUGAAAAAAAUGUCAUUUUGAUAGCAUACAGUUGAAAUAGAAAUAAGACAAAAAAGUGAAAAAUUAAAGUUAUUUAAAAAAAAACAAAAAAAACAAAACAAAGUUGCAAUUUAUGGAAAAUUAUGUUGGGGAACAUUUACAAAAUUUAAGUAGGAAGUUGAAAUACUAAAAAUUAUUUUUCAAAUUAAAAAGCAACAGCAAAAAAGAGUGAAGUUGGUACGAAUAACGGCAUAAACAUGUAAAAGGUGUAGGACUCCCAACUGUAGAUUAUUUUUUUUUAUAAAAUAAUGGUCCAUAUUUCCGAAAUUAAUAUCCAUUUACAUAAAAUUCAAUGUAGUUAUUUACGAAUGAUUAUUUUUAAUUUUUUUUUUUUACUUUUUAUUAUUGUGCCUGAAAGUUUCCCGCGGCCCGGUGUGGUGGUCGGGGACCCCCGCCUUACAGCAUGCUUGGGGAUAUGACGUGCUCUUUUAUGCAUCUGAAAAUACUGUUAGAAUGCCCAUUUUUGUACAACUGGCGUCAGUACACAUUUUACAGACGAACGUGGACAUCAACAAAUGUAACCGUUGAAUAUAUCGCGUCGUAACCCGUGUAUGCAGAUACGUAUUGAAUCGUCGGUCACAAAGAGAUUUACAUCCCUCGUACAGUACUUGGGUAUUGCUCACAUACGAUGUACUACAGUGUGUAGUGUGGUUGUGUAGCACACAUUUAAAGGUAGGAGCAGAGAAGUAUGUAAUAAAAAAAACACUCAAUCCGGGGCAACAGCACUAAAUGUCAGUGUGCAGGAAAAGGGUUUGCCAUUAUGUACUGUGAUAUUUCACAUCGCUCUUGUGUACAUGUCAUGACUGACCCACAGCCACCAAAUUGGAGAGGACUGGUCCACCUGCAGUUCCUGCACAACCGUCACAAAGAGAAAAGCCAGACCCUGCAAUUAGGAGCCGUCUCAGGUGGAUGCCAAAGAAAAAGCCCAACUCCCUUUCAUUCAUUCACCAGCACGGCUCGCUGCUGCCAAUCAGAGGAGACGUAGCGAGGCCCCGCCUGGCUUCCAUUAAGCUCCUGUUGGCCUGGAAUCCUGUGGAGGAGGUCCCACUCACGGCUAGAUCCCAGCAGCAUGACGCUAGCAAAUCAAUUUAUGAGAAUAACGACAAAAUAUAAGAGAAAAAAGUUGUAACUUACUGAGAAAAAGUCAAGAGAAAUGUUGUUGAAAUGUAAUAUUACAAGGAAAACUCCACUUCCCCUCCACACUUCCCCUCGGGACUAAAGUGGUCCAAAAAAUGGAAGGAUGGAUGGAUAUUAUGAGGAAAAACAAUGUCAUUUUUAUUACAGGCAAAAGACAUUUAUUAUGACAAACAAACAAAACAACAAACAAAAUUGUCAUUUUUGGAAAAUUUGAUUACGGACAAAAGUUAUAAUAUUACAAGAAUAAAGUGAAAAUAUUAUGGGAAAAAAAGUCAUAAUUACGAGAUGAAAAUGUACGAGAAGUUGAAAUAACUGGGAAAAAAACAAAAAAAACCCAGCUGUAAUUUCAUGAGAAUAAAGUCAAAAUGCUAUGGGAAUAAAGAAGGGAUGUCCGAUAAUAUCGGCCCACCAAUAUUAUCGACUUGAUAUUGGCGUGAAAAUGUAAUAUCAGCAUUGGUUUUUCCCUAUAAAGAAAACCGAUGUAAAAAACUGUUGCAUAUUGGCCUGUGGGCUCCCGUACUGGCUGUCGUCGAGCCAUCCAGCGCGGCCACGGUAUCGAUUGAUAUUGGAAUCGGAAAUUGAGUGUUGGAAAAUAUCAGACACCCCUAAAAUAAAGUCAUAAUUACUAGAUGAAAAUUUACAAGAUGGAAGUUGAAAUAAUUGGAAUUUUUUUUAAGAAAUGAAAAAACAGCUGUACUUUCAUGAGAAUAAAGUCAAAAUAUUAUAGCAAUAAAGUGAAAAUUACAAGAAAAAAUUUGAGAAAAAGAAAGCUGAAAUAGCUGAAAAUAAAAAAAAACAGCUGUAAUUUAACGAGAAUAAAGUGAAAAUAUUAAGUGUUAUUCUAAUGAGAAAAGUCACAAUUUUAGGAGAAUAAAUAUUAUGUAAAGAAAUUCAAGAACAAAUGAGAAAGAAUUUAAUUGAGAUCUAUCAGUGUGGAAAAGGUUAUAAAGCCAUUUUAACGCUUCAGGACUCCAGCCAACCACAGUGAGAGCCAUUAUCAACAAAUGGCCAAAACAUGGAACAGUGGUGAACCUUCCCAGGAGUGGCGGACCAACCAAAAUGACCCCAAGAGCUCAGCGACAACUCAUCCAAGAGGUCACAAAAGACCCCACAACAACAUCCAAAGAACUGCAGGCCUCACUUGCCUCAGUUAAGGUCAGUGUUCAUGACUCCACCAUAAGAAAGACACUGGGCACAAACGACCUGCAUGGCAGAGUUCCAAGACCAAAACCACUGCAAAAACAACAAAAACAACAUUAUGGCUCAUCUCAAUUUUGCCAAAAAAAAUCAUCUUGAUGAUCUCCAAGACCUUUGGGAAAAUACUCUGUGGUCUGACGAGACAAGAGUUGAACUUUUUGGAAGGUGUGUGUCCCAUUACAUCUGGUAAAACAUAUGGUGGUGGUAGUGUGAUGGUCUGGGGCUGUUUUAGCUGCUUGAGGACCUGGAAGACUUGCUGUGAUGAAUGGAAGCAUGAAUUGUGCUGAAGGAGAAUGUUGGUGACCUCAAGCUGAAAGCAACUUGGGUUCUGCAGCAGGACAAUGAUCCAAAACACACCAGCAAGUCCACCUCUGAAUGGAUGAAGACUUUGGAGUGCUGUGGCAUGACCUUAAAAAGGUGCUUCAUGCUGGAAAAGCCUCCAAUGUGGCUGAAUGACAACAAUUCUGCAAAGAUGAGUGGGCCAAAAUUCCUCCCCAGCGCUGUAAGAGACUCAUUGCAAGUUAUCACAAACGCUUGAUUGCAGUUGUUGCUGCUAAGGGGGGCCAACCACUUAUUAGCUUUAGGGGGCAAUCACCUUUUCACACAGGGCCAUGUAGCUUUGGAUUUUUUUCUCCCUUAAUAAUAAAAACUUUAAUUUAAAAACUGCAUUUUGUGUCCAUUUGUGUUGUCAUUGACUAAUAUUUACAUUUGUUUGAUGAUCUGAAACAUGUGUGAUAAACAUGCAAAAAAAUAAGAAAUCAGGAAGGGGGCAAACACUUUUUCCCACCACGUGUUUAUGCUUUCAGACUAGUUUUAUGCGUGUCAAACUAUCAUUGUUAUACUAUGCUGUAAAAAUGUGUUUUAGGUUUCUGGAAGGGAUGAAUUGGAUUGAUAUGAUUGACAUGAUCCGCUGGUCCCAUAAAAAAAAAAACAAUGGAUUUGGACCUUCUGGAACAGAUUACUGGCGAUAACCAAGGUUCCACUGUAUAUAUUAUAUGCGUUGUCGAGCUAAAGAAGAUAUGGCUUUCAAAUGACAGAGUGCUCACUCUUUAUCAUAAAUCUCCUUAGGUAUCCCGUCCAAAAAAAACAUUCAUGUCCCACAAAUGGACAAAGCAGAUGACUGAAGACAAAUUUGUCUUUAAUUAAAGACCAUCAGGCUUACUGGAGUACGGGACAGCGUCCAGAUGUUUGCCGCUGUCCACAAACUACACACACAACUACACACAUCCCGCUAAGCCAAUCCAAUGAGCCCUGAGGAAAAAAGACCAUUGCAGACAGAGGGAGGCAUAUAUAUGUAUAUACCUGUAUAUAUAUCUAUAUAUGCACUGUAUAUGUGUGUGUGUGUGUGUGUGCGUGUGUAAAUCUUACUAACAUACCGUUAGCCACGUGGAGGGCUAGCUUUCUCUUUAUUAUGACUACUGUCCAAUGUGUGGCAGUUUAUUACAACGGUAACGCAACUUCAUAAAGGGUUUAUUUCAUCUGCAAAAACACAGCGUUGCGAGUUACGAAAAUGGAAAAUAAAAACAUUUCAGCUCACUAAUCAGUAGCUGCCCAUUUCUAGCAGACACUACUGGGUAAUGGAACAAGGAAGUGUGUGUCUCGCUCACUUAGUUGGGAGUAAUGUGUUCCACUACAGAAGGUGUCUUCAUUUCACUUUGAACACUGCAGGAAGUCAAUGUCUUAUAAAGAAUAUUUGUCUUAUUUCUAGUCAGCCUGGGUACUUUUAGGAUUUAUAAUUGCACAGCCAUCACCAUAAUGUAAUACAUCAUUUAGUCUUAGUAACUUCUUAGUAAAAUAACUACGAUUUCCCUUCUUCUCCAAUAAAUAGUUACAGUGUGGGAUGGAUAAAUUCAUCUACAAAAGCACCACCAUAAGUCCAUCAGACCCAAGAAAAUGCACUUCGUUCCUUUACACAAUGUCAGUCUAAGAAAUAAAACGAUUGAUUUCUAGAAAAAUUAAACCAAUUGGUCUUUCAUUAUUUCGUGAAAUGUUUUAUUAUCUCUUGUGUGGUUCUAAUUGCGCUUUAACCCAGCAAAAAUGUGCAUAAAUAAUAAAAGAAACCCUGCCCAAAUGAGUGAAAUUACAUCAUUUCUGGUGGCAUACCUGAUGAUCUCUCAUGGCACACUAAUGUGCCACAGCACAGUGGUUGGGGUCAAUGUCCCCUCUGAUUGUUCAAGUAUCUGAGCAUACACAAAAACGACCCCCGUGAGCGGCAUCAGACGUGCACACUGUAGUAUAGCAAAACCUGAGUAAGUUCAAAAUUCUGUUCUAUUUUGUCUAUGAGUGUUUUCAAACAGACAAGCAGGAUUCAACAAUGUAGCUUUCUUCAUUCUACACCUCAGACAAAACAAGCCAUGGUCUCAUACACUCAACCAUCUGAAUCUUGUAGAAAACCCGAGUUUAUUAUUUUAUUUUCAAUUUAUUAUCUUGUUUACCAUUUAAAUUGUUAAAUAGGUAUACUUUAAUGUCCUUAUUUGACUUUAACUUUCUGUUUUAAAGCAGCCCGUUGUGGCACUAUUUCAUCCUGGAAAUGUACUUGAAAUUGAUGCCAUGUUUGUUUAUAUGUUUACUUUUGUCUAUAUAUAUAAAAUAAAAUGAACUCACAACCGACCUUUCGGUCCUUUCAGCAACACAAACUCAGCAUAACACUUCCUGUAUGCAGUACUGUACGUCCGGCCAUCAAAAUAAAAGCACGGCAGUAAAACCACUGAUCUGUACUAAU